AUGUAUGCCAUCGUUCUUGCCAAUGUGGAGGAACUCGAUUCUAAAGCUGAUCACUCGGCAGAAAUUGUGAAGCACUUGGAAAAAGCCGUUGAGCUAGAUGCGGAUGACGCUUAUACAGUGCACAUGCUGGGGGUCGCACAUUACAAGAAGAAGAAUUACGCAGAAGCGCUUUCGUGUUUCCAGAAAGCCGAAAAUAUUAGGGCACGUGCUUUGGCGAAAACAAUGUUAUUGAAACUGAAGGUGAAACGAGAAGACUACGUGGAAGAAGAAUACUAA